AAUUUUGGUUUCCCGGGAGGACCGGCUGCGAUUUCAUGCACCCACGGCCACCGUGCGCGUGAAUUUUCUCUCGAGAGGUAAAACCGUAAAGGGAAGGAACCGGCUGGCGGGGUGGGCCCCACCCUGUAAAUGUCCAUCACCGGGAGCCCCACCACCAGCAGCACCGUCGAUUGCGCUGCUACUGCCGUCCUCGCCGCGGUGGAUCAGUUCCACCACCGAUUGUCGUCCAAGCGCAAACUCGACGACUAUGGCGGGCCCACCUUCUCCGACGAAGAGGACGACGCCCUUCUCUCUGACCUAGUCCACGUCAGGAUGAGGAAGGACGAACCCAACGCCAUCGAUUCGUCGUCCAACGGCGUCGCCAACCUCCCUCACUCCUCCGCCAACAGCGACGCCCUCAAUCCCCGUGUUCCCAAUGCCCGAUCGGCCUCUCACGGAGAGUCCGCGCACUCCGAGUCGACUCGGUCCCGUACCAUGCUCCAAUUCUUCAUCAGAACCAUGUCCGGUGGCAAUAAUCUGGUAAUCCAGGCCUACGCUCACGACAAGGUGAAAUCGCUACACAAUCGCAUACAGACGAUCACUGGCAUUCCGGUUUUUGAGCAAAGGCUUAUAUAUAGAGGUAAACAGCUGCAGCCGGACCAGUCGCUCGCCGAGUGCGCCAUCCAAAACGACGCCAGUUUGCAACUGGUCGGCCGCUUGCGGAGCACCGACCACCCUCAGGCCUGGCAACUCCUGGAGGACAUAGUCUCCGCCGCAUUUCGGAUGUGCCGAGGUGAAGAACUUCACGAGCCGUCCAAAUACAUCAAGAGCAGGAUGAGCCAGUACUUAACCAUGGCUCAGAAGGAGAUGACAGCAGGAUAUGGGGUUAGCCAUAUCCGGGUGUUCCUUCCGUCCUCUGCCCCCUUGGCGCUGCUGAUGCUCUAUGUUUCUCCCCUGCCAGCUAACAGAACAGUUGCUGAAAAUUCAAUCAAGUAUUUCCUGAAUUCGUACCCUACAUUGUUGCCAAAACACUUGCAUAAUUACUGUGCGCCGAUUGUGUUAGAGUUUUGUAAGUUUCUUAGGAGAUUAGGGGAGGAGGACCCUCUGUACCUCCUGUGCCGAGGUUCACUUGGUUCCUUGUUAGAAAGUGAUGGAAAUUCGCAGGACUCGGAGCCAGUGGAGGGAUUGAUUGGUGGGUUAAAAGAGAUUUCUCCAUUUGUUAGGGAGCUGUCACGUAUUUUGUCUAGGGACUUGGUAGUGAGUAUGGACCUUCCUGCGAGUGGCAGGCCGUUGUCGGAUGAUGUACGUGAUUUUAGAGCGUUCUUGCUCCCUUUGCGCACUGCAGUUGCCAGUCAAGUGUGUUUCAAGAGUUCUAAUCCUGCAUCCUUGAAAGGGGGUACUUUUAGGCAUCCACUAUAUGGAGAGGAGAUUGAGCUUCUUCACUUUAUAUAUGCUGAUUUGCUGAAAAAAAUGAAAAAAUGCCUUGGAAAAAUGGAAGAGUCUUUGGCUGGGAAAGGAAAGGUGGAAGGUGAUGUUGCUCAUUCUGGAUGGUCUCAGUAUCUUGCUGUUUUAAAGGAACUGAGUGGAAUUUCUAUGCUUUAUCAGAGCUGGGAAGAACAAUUUAAGACGAUUUUGAGGCUUAGAAGGGCUGCAUUAUGUGCUUUAGUUGUCAAGUAUGCAAUGCGAAGUGAUGAUCAUCAGUGGCUUAUUAAGCACAAAGAUGUGCUAGAUUUUGAGUCUCGGAGGCAUUUGGCUAUGAUGAUGUUCCCUGAUGUUAAAGAAGACUAUGAGGAGCUGCAUGAGAUGCUCAUUGAUAGGUCGCAAAUAUUGGCAGAAUCGUUUGAGUACAUAGGGCGUGCGGAACCUGAGUUACUUCAUGGCGGUUUAUUUAUGGAAUUCAAAAAUGAGGAAGCUACAGGUCCAGGUGUACUGCGGGAGUGGUUCUUUUUGGUAUGCCAGGCCAUAUUUAAUCCGCAAAAUGCACUUUUUGUUGCAUGCCCAAACGACUGUAGAAGGUUCUAUCCUAAUCCAGCAUCUAAAGUUGAUCCUCUGCACCUUGAGUAUUUCACCUUUGCUGGCCGAGUGAUUGCAUUAGCUUUGAUGCAUAAAGUGCAGGUGGGCAUAGUCUUUGAUCGUGUGUUUUUCCAGCAACUGGCUGGAGAUAUAUAUUUAUCUUUGGAAGACAUAAGAGAUGCAGAUCCAGUCUUCUAUAAUAGUUGCAAGAAGAUACUAGAAAUGGAUGCCAAGUCUAUUGAUAAUUUAGGGUUAACAUUUGUUAGAGAAGUGGAGGAGUUAGGAUUACGGAAAACUGUGGAGCUUUGCCCUGCUGGGGAAAGCAUUGUUGUGAACAGCGAGAACAAGGGGGAAUACGUUAAUCUUCUAAUUCAGCAUCGUUUUGUCACAUCUAUAUCUGAACAGGUGUCCCACUUUGCACAAGGUUUUGCUGAUAUACUUUGUGGCUCAAGGCUCCAGAGCAUCUUUUUCCGAAGUUUAGAGCUAGAAGAUCUUGAUUGGAUGCUUCACGGAAGUGAAAGUGCUAUUAGUGUUGAAGACUGGAAGGCGCAUACUGAUUACAAUGGCUAUAAAGAGACCGAUCCUCAAAUACUCUGGUUCUGGAAGAUUGUUGGGGAAAUGUCUGCGGAGCAGAAAAAGGUUCUUCUCUUCUUUUGGACCUCGGUGAAGUAUCUUCCAGUAGAGGGGUUCCGAGGUUUGGCUUCUCGGCUUUACAUUUACAAGUCCUCAGAGGCUUACAGUCGCCUGCCUUCGUCUCAUACUUGCUUUUACCGGCUGUGUUUCCCGCCUUAUCCAUCGGAGGCAGAGAUGAAAAGCCGCCUUGACAUCAUCACCCAAGACCAUGUCGGCAGUAGCUUCGGCACAUGGUAGUAAUAUAUUAGUUGCAUCUACAUUUUGAGGUAAAAUGGGGGGACUUGACUGCACAUAAAAAAAAAAAAAAAAAAGACUCGGAACUCAGAUUGUACAGAGUAUAGGAUACUGUCGUCUUCGAUGUCAUCGUCUCUUGUCGUUUGACUAAUGUUAGAAGAAGGUACUGUGGAUGGUAGUGUUUUUGUUUGUUGAAGGUUUGCAGUGUCAUUGCUAUUUUGUCAAGUGUUUAUAUAGGGUGGUUAUAGUAUAAAUAAAUUUGGAAGCAAGAGUUUAGAAAAUUUGUCUGCUUAACGGACGUUACUUUUCUUGACAUGUUAAGUACAAACGGAUCCUGCAAUGAUACAUAUGCAAAUUCUAUACAAAUGAUUUUCCCA